AUGCGGGAGAAGAUUGAGAAACAAUGCAUCUUUUACGAGGUUCCCAAGGACCCAGUUGCAGAGCGACUUGAGGCUGUGGAGUCAGAAUUGGCCUCUCUGAGAACACAAUUGCGGGAGGUGCAUGAAGAUCUUCGAAAGAACAGGACCACGCCAGCAGCUACAAAUCAGAAUAUCGCUGCUCAGCAGUAUCAACCACCCACACGGUCAAGCCACAGAGAGAUACUCAACUCAGACUUGACUCCUCCUCUCAGCCGUGAUGUCGGAGGAAUCGGUCGUGCUUCCGUUGGCUACGAGCGACGAGUGUUUACGAACGAAGUCAAUGGGCACAACUUGCGGCGCGUGAAUCCUGCUUCUACCAGCCCAGGGAACAUCUCGACACAGCUAUUUUCGUCAGCGCCGGAGCGCCAAAAUACAAAGCGAAAGCGAUCUUGUUUCGAAAUACGUGAUGAAGCUGUUGUAGAUUUUAUUGCGAAAGGGUUAAUCUCGAAAGAUAGCGCCAUCGCAUACUUCGAUACAUUCUUCGAAGGUUGCGAUAGAUACAUUCCAAUCUUCGACCCAGAAUUUGACACAUUCGAUUCCGUGCGUGACAGAAGUAGUAUCCUACUCAACGCUCUAUGCACCAUUGGGAGCAUGAUCAGGUCAGAUCCCGAUGGGUCUAUGUCUGAAAUACUUCACAGGGAGUUGAAGAAAUGGAUAAACGUGAUCAUUCAGAACCGAAGUCUGAAUUCUCUCGAGUCGGUACAGGCAAUGCUGGUGGUGUCAUGCUACUCAGCAGAUAGGCUUUUGAUUCUCUCAUUUGCCACACGCAUGGCUCUUGAUCUUGGGCUACAUGAAGCCUUUCAAAUGUUGACCGAUCGCUUGGUGAUCAGGAAUGACCAUGACGCUUGGAUUGAGGAUGGUCGCAGUGGUUCAAUUCAUGAUGUGCAGGAAGAGCGGCUGCUGAUGCGCAAAUCAAGGACCUGGUUUGGUCUUCUUGUCUUAGAGCACAUAUUUCGUGUCGAUGCUGGCAAGCCACCGGGCAUCCGCUUUCUUGGCAAUGCACGUCGAUGUCGGAUACUUUUGAGCCAUCCCGCAUCAACCAUAUUGGAUCUUCGACUCUUUUCCCAAGUUGAGCUGAACAUCCUUCGAGCAACGAUCAACGACACACUAACGCCGAACACGACUUUGAGUUGUCAUGAAGUUUCAGACUUUGUCCACGAGACGAAGACCGACCUCGACUUAUGGUUUGAUGACUGGCUUCGAAUAAUUGGAAAUUGCAAGCCUGCAAAACAAGAAUGUCCAUAUCUUCUUGUCGCGCUUCGUGUCCAAAAGUGCUGGGCUGAGAUGAUGCUGAAUUGCAAAGCGCUUCGGGCCAUGGGCGUGGAAAAUGUAGCAGCGAUGACCCCCAAUGAGCAAGAAAUACUUCUCGCCGCCAAAGCUGCCGCCCGAAGACACCUGAAUCUGAUUAUCUUCGAGCCAAACUACUACCUCGCAAAACUCAAAUACGCGAUGGACUUUGUUUGGGCCAAAUGUGCCUUUUCCUUCCUGCUAUUACUCAAGCUGUCGCGUCUUCUCCCCGACCGAGAUGAGCAGCAUCGCGAGCUAUUAGACCAAGGGAAGAAACUGAUUGAAGAGCUCAGUGGAGCCAGUUCCAGCAGCAACCAGCCAGACGGCGGGAAUAUUUACCUUCAAAUACUGAAAGUCAGCAUUGAAAAAUUUGAACGUGCCUUGGAAGAGUCUCGGCCGUCAGCCACAGAGGGUCCUAUUAACACGUCCCCAUUCUGGGAACUCUUCGAUGCGCAGGCGGACUUGCAGUGUUUUAUGCCCGAACAGUUCGUUUCUGAGUGGGAGUUCCCAGGGCUGAAUUUGUUCUUCUUCCCGACGGCGAUGCAAGACUUUUUUGGAGAUUUUUCAUUGGCAAUGUGA